ACCUACGACCACUAAUCAACAAACCAGCCUUCUAGGCCGGAUGUGAACCCUCGCCUCAGGGAUCUGGAGUCGGACAGCUGCCCAGCUGACUCCUGCAACACGGUAGUAAACAGUGACGCCUUUUUGUCUGGUUUCAGGAGCAGAAGUUUCCAUCUUCCGGCUGCCUUGGGCAUCAGUUGUACCCAAAAUCCUGUGACUAGCGUCUGUGCCUGUGACCAAGAGAACCCCCGCAGAGGAACUUGGCAUUGUUCAGGUUCGAGACCUGACCUUCCUACUCCUUUCGGGAGAACAUCUUUGGUCCUACAGUUUUGCUGCACUGACGUUUUUCAAAGUGGUCUUAAGCCAUUUGUAUUUUAUAUAAAUAACUGGCCAGACUUCAUACUUUCCACUACAGAAGUCUACAACCUACAGCUGCCAGAGAUUUAAAUGUAUUACUUUUAGGAUAUCAUCUACAUUAAACCCAACGGCGGCUCUUCCUUUCUUACUCCAAAAUGUUGAGAUACUGGGGAGAGAUACCCAUGUCAUCAAGCCAGACCAACAGAAGUUCUUUUGACCUGCUCCCACGGGAGUUCCGGCUGGUGGAGGUUCAUGACCCACCCCUGCACCAGCCCUCAGCCAACAAGCCCAAGCCCCCCACCAUGUUGGACAUACCUUCAGAGCCAUGUAGCCUCACCAUCCACACCAUUCAGCUGAUCCAGCACAACCGGCGCCUUCGCAGCCUUAUCGCCACAGGUCAGGCCCAGAGUCAACAGCAGACAGAAGGUGUCAAAACUGAAGAAAGUGAACCUCUUCCCCCCUGCCCUGGGUCACCUCCUCUGCCUGAUGACCUUCUACCUUUAGAUUGUAAGAAUCCCAACGCACCAUUCCAGAUCCGGCACAGUGACCCAGAGAGUGACUUUUAUCGUGGAAAAGGGGAACCUGUGACUGAACUCAGCUGGCACUCCUGUCGGCAGCUCCUCUACCAGGCGGUGGCCACCAUCCUGGCCCAUGCAGGCUUUGAGGGUGCUAAUGAAAGUGUGCUGGAGACGCUUACUGACGUGGCGCAUGAGUAUUGCCUUAAGUUUACCAAGCUGCUGCGCUUUGCUGUGGACCGGGAGGCGCGGCUGGGACAGACUCCUUUCCCUGACGUUAUGGAGCAGGUGUUCCAUGAAGUGGGUAUUGGCAGUGUGCUCUCCCUCCAGAAGUUCUGGCAGCACCGCAUCAAGGACUAUCACAGUUACAUGUUGCAGCAGAUUAGUAAGCAACUCUCUGAAGAGUAUGAAAGGAUUGUCAACCCUGAGAAAGCCACGGAGGACACAAAACCUGUGAAGAUCAAGGAGGAACCAGUGAGCGACAUCACCUUUCCUGUUAGUGAAGACCUAGAGGCUGACCUCACUGCUGGAGACCAGUCCCUGCCCAUGGGCGUUCUCGGGGCUCAGAGCGAGCGCUUCCCUUCUAACCUGGAGGUGGAAGCCUCACCACAGGCUUCAAGUGCAGAGGUCAAUGCUUCUCCUCUUUGGAACCUGGCACAUGUGAAAAUGGAGCCUCAAGAGAGCGAAGAGGGCAAUGUGUCUGGGCAUGGAGUGCUGGGCAGUGACGUCUUCGAGGAGCCCAUGUCAGGCAUGAGUGAAGCUGGGCUCCCUCAGAGCCCUGACGACUCAGACAGCAGCUAUGGUUCCCACUCUACAGACAGCCUUAUGGGGUCCUCCCCUGUUUUCAACCAGCAUUGCAAGAAGAGGAUGAGAAAAAUAUAAAAGGAAAGGAGGACAUUUUCAGGCCAGACCUACAGCACCCACCAGAAAACCUUGGUGUGUCAAGAGUUUGUUUCUAUAAAUAGGGAUUUUAUUAUUAUUUUAUGUAUUUAGUACAGAGUCUACAGGGUCUUUCUACACAGA